GACUUUACCCGACUAUCACAAUUCAUCGCACGUACAGUCGGCCCGGCUGAAGGCGAUGGCGUCCGUUACGUUAGGACAACACCCGGGUCGGCACCACCUUGACUCAGAGAAGAUGUUCUUCCCCAAAUUGGCGGACAAGGGGAAGAAAUUAAUGCGCAAAUCGUCACAGGAGAAAAUGACGCGAGAGCGCGCGGCGGCAUCAGCAGCAGCACCGACAGUGCCAUUACUAAUGCACCGACCGUCUUCAGACACGAUCAGCGGGACAGGGUUAGAGAUGUGUGACAGCAGUGAUGCACAACCGCCACGUAGUACACCUACAGACGGGACGGCGGACGCGGACAGAGUCCCUGCGGCGCAGUGCGCACUGGAACGCGCGUUUAACGACGCGGCUCAGACGCGCAGCCGCACCGACGCGCCAAACGCCAACACGAACAACAACGGCAUCGUCAACAGAAAUCACCCUCGGAGAAGCUCGGCGAAAAACAUCAGCGAGCUUUCACCCCGGUCAGGAGGCAAACGCGUCAAGAUCAGGUCCCUAUCCGCAGAUGGAGAUGGGUUCGAAGGACUCCAGCUCGAGCGGCUCACGCAGGGCAGAAGCGGCGUCGUGAGGCUCAUGCGCAAUGAUCAGCGGAGGAGACAAGCGUGGUCCAUUUUCGAUCAAGGUGAGCCCAGGAUGAAGGAGGAAAAAGGAGAAGGACACCUUUUCGUCUCGCUCAGGGUCACGCAGGAUUGGUGCGACGCGUGCAACCGGCGGAUCAAGAGCGCAGCGCUCCGGUGCGAAUACUGCAGUUACACUUGUCACCUGCAGUGCGAGAACCAUGUUCAGCUUGACUGUAACCAGGCAAACAGGCAAAAAGAGGAAACGCCUACCGACUCCCCCUGCAGGACAUAUUCUACAGCACCUCCAACGAAGAGCACCGCUAAAGAGCACGAGGAGGAGAACCAACAGCCCCUCGCCGAGGAAGAGGUCAAGGCAAAGAUAGAAGAGUACAACUCUAAAGUGUCCGAAAAUGGAAUGAAACUAGCUGCUGAUGGCACCUACAAGGGGUUCAUUAAGGUCCACCUGAAGCUGCGGCGGCCGGUCACACUGCUAUCAAAGGACGCGAACAGCUCAGGGAACUCGGAGAACAGCUCAGCAGUGGGUGACAUUUCAGACAAACGCACAUCCUUCUAUCUGCCCAGUGAAGCUGUAAAGCAGCUUCAUGUCAGCAGCACCACCACAGUCAGAGAGGUCAUCGAGGGACUGCUCCGGAAGUUCAUGGUGCAGGACAAUCCACUCAAGUUUGCUCUCUACAAGAAAAUGCACCGCCAUGGACAGGAUCUUUUCCAGAAGCUUCCGGAUUCCGAGCACCCGCUAUUCCUUCGCCUGCUGGCGGGUCCUGAUCUCGAGAAACUCUCAUUCGUACUGAAAGAAAACGAGACUGGAGAAGUAGAGUGGCAUGCGUUCUCUGUGCCCGAGCUGCAGAACUUCCUGGCUAUCCUGGAGAAGGAGGAAAGGGAAAGGGUGAAGCAGGUCGAGCAGCGCUACAUGGCCUACCGUGAGAAACUCUUAGAAGCUCUGCAGGAAGUGCAGAACAAACCCGGCUAGUGCACUGAGCCUAUGGACAGACUCAUUAAAAAAAACUCUCCAUUGAGGAUUCCCCCAAACCCGCCUCAUGAACUCUGGAGCCGAGAGUGAUCAGAGGGGGUGGGGUGUGGGGGUGGGUCUGGACAUAAAGAACAAGGAAGGGGAGAGUGACGGAUCACACAGUCACGUCACUCAGGACGCAAACAGCACGCGCACGAAGAUCCAGGAGUGUGUUUUUGACUGACGUGGUUGGCGUUCGAAAAGGAUUUUGUCUGUCUGUCUGUCCACAUUUCUGUAAGAUGCUGCUGCUAUGACUGCUACUGCGAGUGUUACUUAGCAUGACUUCCUUUUUCUUUUUCUUUGCUAGCAUGUUCUCCAUCAGGGAUUUUUUUUUUUUUUGAAGUAGAAAAAGGAGCUAUAUGAAAAAAAUAAAUAAAUACCGUAGAUGUAAAUUUGGCGAUAAAGAGUCCGCAUUCCUGGAUGUGAACUUAAGUAAUUGAAUCAACGUAAAAGCUUAAUAUAAAUCUAAUUUAAAGGUCUGGAUCAUGUGCUGUAAAGAAAUCAAUACUCGCUCACACUCAUUCGCAUUUUACAGCAUAAUUUGUAUCUUGACUAAAUCCAUUAUGAACAAUGUACUGUAUUCCGACUGUGUUUCUGUACAAAUCAAUAUGCCAUUUGCUGAAAGCAUCCUCUGCUAUAGUCACACAGCUUUCAAAUCAAUAACCUGAGUAGCCAACACUGCAUAUUCAACUCAACCAAUCAGCACUGAUCAUAAUCUCUCAUCCAUAUACAUACAUGCAUGUGUACAUUUCCAACGACCUGGAAGCUUUUUCAGUCUAAUCAAUAAAUAUUAUAAAUUAGGCUGGACAAUGAUAAUAAAUUAUAAGUUCAAUUAUAACUAUAAAUUGUAAGAUACGUAUGUUCUAACGCAGGCAUCUCAAACCAAACCCUACAGAAAUGUGAAACGGCGAAAGCGUACAGGUAGAGUGUAUAAAGUGUGGGCUUUUUUGUAAAGAAGUGUGUUUCGUCUGUUCAUGCAUAUACAUACAGUACUGUGCAAAAGUCUAAGGUGCAUGGAAAGAAAUGCUGUCGACCAAAAAUGGCUUAAAAACAAUGAAAUGAAAUGUUUCAACAUGACAAAAAUACUAUAAACAGUCAUCAUUAAGCCAUAAUAAAUGAAACAAAGUCAAUAUUUGGUAUGAGACGACCCUUUGCUUUAAAAAGAAAUAGUAGUCUGAGGUAUGAGUGCAGUUUUAUACGGAAAUGAGCUGUAGGUUUUACUGAGCAUCUUACAGAACCAGCCACAGUUCUUCUGGACACUUUGUCACACUCGCUUCUUCAUUUUGCCGCAAAACCCAGGAGCCUUCAUUAUGUUUUCUUUUUUUCAUCUGAAAAGUGCUCUCUUAUAAAUUUAAAUAUGCUGCUCAAAUACAUUUUUUUUCUGUAAUAUUAUUUUGUGCUGGAAAACGAACGUUUGGACUCGAAAAUGUUUUUGUACCGACUCGAUAAUGUAGAAGUCAUAAAAUAGAAAUCUAUAACAAAGUUUGUAUGAAAAAAAAAAUAUAUAGGGUGCCUAAGACUUUUGCACAAGAUUGUAUGUACAUACAUACAUACAUACAUACAUACAUACAUAUAUAUAUUUAACAGUUAUUCCACAAAAUUGAGUCGUAUCUGCGCUGAUAACCGAUGAGGCGCGUACCACCGAGUCAGCUAUAAGCCAUGUACGACGAGAUUGAGAGGAAUAACUCUUUUAUUCUCUCCACAUUCACUGGAUUUUGAGAAACGGAGCAUUUUUAUUUUUAUUUUUUGCAAAUUCGAUGUAUAAAAACAUGACACAAAACAUCCGACAAAAUCAUUUGUGCUUAGAAUGUAAACAAACCGGCGAAAUGACAGGAGCAAUUUGUGAAAAAUGUGAUUAUAUAGUAAUAAUUCUUGAAAAGUAAAAAAAAAAAAAGAUACGUUCUUACCAUCAAAUAUUUUUAUCACAUAUUUUGUUGCUUUUUUUUGUAUUUUUUGGCGUUUUGUUUUCAAGUAGAGUUUUCAUUUCGUCCUCGGUUGGUUCAGCAAUACGCUCCGCCAUUUCGUUUUUCUCUACUCAUGGUAUAUGAGCUGAUAUCCUAGUAGUAGAGUAGCCAAUCAGAGCGCACGAUUGCUCAUAUCCAGUGAAUGUGGAUAGAACAUAUAUAUAUACACACACCGGUAUAAUACUGUAGCCUUGCUAAUCGUAUCAGAUCAUCAUUUCAGCUAAGCGGGCAAAGCGAGGCUGUGGGGUGUCUUUUUAUGAGCUGAGAAACACCACAAUGGAUUUUUACACCAAAGUUAACGGGGACAAAUGCGUCCAGUAUUUUGCAACGAUCCUAACAGGAAGUAUAUUUCAUGCCUCGUCAUUUAAAAAGUCGUUACUUGAACAAGAACAAACCACCAAGUGGUGAGCCAGAACUGAAAUAUCCUACAGUAUAUAAUACUCCUGGCUAUUUCGUAACGUAAGAAUGAUGUGCGUUGUAUUUUUGUUCUGAUUCUAAAAUAUUUCAGCAAAGGAUUAUUCAUGUUGCUUUGAAGUGUGCAUGAGAUUUCAUUCUGUCUGACACUGAAUAUCAUUAUAGAACUCGUAGCAAUGUUACUAGAAAGCACAGAAAGGUAAUGAGUAAUGAGAGAAGGUCAGCGAUGUGAACUGUACAAUCUGAUAAGAACAUCUGAGGUCCAGCCUAUGUUCUUUUUUUUUAAUGCUAAUUCCAUCUCUGCAAUACAAAUUAGUAGCCAGGGACAAUCCAGACUAACACUCUCUGUGUUAUGCGAGAAUGAUGGAAUGUUAGUCUUUUUUUUUUUCUCCAAUAUAAUCAAAUCUGUUGAGUUAACUGGACUCAAAUGAUCACUGUUAGAAUUCAUUUCACACGGGUUAGUUUUCCUGUAUAGACCUAACUACACACUAUGUCCAUAAAGGUCAUUUGACGGCUUCGUUUUAGAGCCUUGGAUGCUAGUGUCAAGGAAGGAUUUUUAAUGGUAGCCACAUCAUCGAAUCCCCAUGCCGAUGUCUAGGAUCCUUCGAAUUCUACUUUUUGCUUCAUUCAGAGAACUUUCAAGGAUGCUUGUGUGUAUUCUCUGCAUUUUUAAAGCACCAACAAUCUUAAACAUGGCCUUUUUAAUGGUGCACACUCGCUAGGAACUGUUAUGUGGUCUCCGAAUGCUAGGAAGGAGUUUUAUCUAGCUUCUGAAGGACCCAAGUUGGACUGAUACCAAGGAAGCGUCCUUGACUUUAAGAAAUACAGCUUGUCUCCACCUCUUUUUGCCCCUGUGCUACCCUGCUGGCUCUGAUGCUACUUUUACAAGUGCGCCUCCUAGAGCAUGGGAGGUAUAACAUACAGCCAUGAGCAAACUUGGUCGGAUGGGUCAAAAACUUUCUUUUGUCCUGUCCUACUUGCUCCUGUGUUCCCGCUGGCAGUGCCUUUUGUCUGUGUGUAGCCUUAUCUGAAUAUAUGUGUGUGUGUGUGUGUGUGUGUGUGUGUGUGUGUGUGUGUGUACUAUAUACAUAUAUGCUCUGUUUUCUGUGUUUAUCUGCCUCAGUAGUGAGGAUAAAUGCGUAAGAUUGAAAGAAUGAACAACUGUGUGCAUAUGUAUAAGUCUGUUUUUAACUUAUUUCCUGGUGCAUUUUUGUGUGUACAUUUGGGGUUGUGGACAAAUCAGUGCUCUCUGGCAAAUCCUUUGUUUUUGAGGAUUCAGAACUGGAUAUCAUCUCUAAAACUGUAAAGAUAAUGGACAGCGAAUAAAAAUAAAAGGUCAUCAUUUUA